CAGUAUGACAGUAACAACAGUGAUAACAAAACAACUAAUGUUUUGUUUUGCUGAAGAAUACAGAAUUUACUUAUAAUUUUCGUUGUAUUUAUUAUAAUGUAUAAUAGUAAAUGUAGGACGCAAACUAAAGUGCAACCAAUUAACCCUUACAACGUGAAACGAUUAGACACAUUAGCCUAGAUGAAAAAUUCUAUUCCUAGAGUUAUCUUUUUUAGAGUAGACUGUCAAUAACAUACUUAACUAAACUUUUGACUCACACGCACACACACACACUAAGACACAGACCUAAACUAGGUCUAGAAUAUGCCUGGUUUUCUUUACCUAAAUUGAAUUGUAAAGCUGCCUACAUUACUUUAACCGCAAGAUUAAAAAAUGUCUAAAACUGGACAAUCAGUGGGAAUUGUAAAAUUGAUCAGCCAACUUGAAAAAUGUUCAUCACAAUCAGUUUACAAGCAUCUUGUUCAGAUCAGAACUGAUGUAAUUAAAGAUGCUGAGGGUGUCAAGCUGUUAAGAGAAAGAGGGGGGUUAAAACACAUUGUAAGGCUACUUAACAAGCCCAAUGAAAAAAUAUUGAAUGUGUCACUGAGCAUACUAGCCAACUGUUGCCUACAAGAAGAGUGCCGAGACCAGGUAGUUUCAUAUGGUGCUAUUCCUUUGAUAAUUCCAAUAUUGAAAAAUAUAAAUCAAGACAGUAUCCAAAGCAGAGCAUGUCGAUUGAUAGGAAAUCUCACUCAAUCCUACAAAAUUGCGGACAAAAUUCAUGAACAGCACAUAACACCAGUUUUGGUCAAUGUAUUAAAUACAAGUUCAUCUUUAAGUACUCAACAGAUGGCAAUAAGAGCUCUGAGAUCACUGUGGGAAGUACCUAAAUAUCGAAUUGAAAUGCUGAAAAUGGAAGCAGUAAAAGCUGUGGCAUUUCACAUUGUAUCAGAAGAUAAUGACGUUAAAACUGCUGUCUUAAAAGCCUUGGCAACAUUCACAACAAAUUUAAAGUCUUCUGGCCUCGCUAUUCAGGUGCAGGGUGGUCGCUCUGACCUCCGUCUACUGGUGCAGGAGACAGGGGAGACCUUGGCCAACUUGUGUCUCUACAACUUGUGCUUGUUGGACAUGGCACGCUUGCAACUAGUUAAGGAUGGUCUUGUAGAGGCUGUUGUUACCAGACUCACGUCCUCAAUUGAGCACUGGCUAGCAAUGAUAUUUUGCUUAUUGUGCCAAGACUCUAUUGGCCGAGCUCAUGUUCGUAACUGUCCCGGUGGCUUGGGAAUACUCUUGAAACUCCUUCAGUCGACAAAAAGCAAAUCUAUUCAGGCCAAAGCAAUGAAAGCUCUUAACAACUUUCUUUAUGAUGAUACAAGUUUAUAUAUUCUGCUAAAGAAUGGUCUAGUGGCCACCCUGAUCAAGACACUGGCAGAGUUUGUCAGCAAGGUCGGCCGUAGUCAUGACAAGUGUGUGAGUGUUGGUGACAGUGCUGGCAGUGUGUCACCCUGUAGCAGUGGUAUGUCUCCUCAGUACGGAGGAGGAGCCCCAGGGAUGUGGUCGCCUCUCAGUGACGACUGUUCACCUCGUAGCUCACCUGUCAGUGUCUACUCUCCUCUGUGCCUCAGUGAAGAUGAGUUAGAGCCUACUCCUCGACUGCCUGAUGAUGACUUUACUGUACAACAAAAGGUUGAAGAUGAUUCAGGCGAAGUAAAAGAAGAAGAAAUGAUUUUAUCUUUCUUGUACCACAUCACCAACUAUGUGUCAAUCCCCAUUCAAGAUUUUGUCAACAAAGGGACUAUAUCCACCCUGAUUGACUACAUAAGCUUGGUGAGGGAUGCAAAUCCUUGUGCAGGAAGACUACUGUGCAACAUUGCUAAGAAUAAGAACUACUACCGGCAAUUGUUAGAUGACCAGUUUGUGUUAGAGGUACAGUGUCGGCUGUGUCGUCCAAACCAUGAGAGUUGUGGGGAGUGUGCAAGGAUAUUGGGGGAAGGGACACGUGUGUUGGGAGAGGUAGCAACCCUGGCACAAACUGGUCUUGGGGAGGGAGAGAUCACAUACCGAUUACUCAAGGCAGACACUAGUGUCAAACUGCUGGUCUCUCUAUCCAUACCUCAUGUCAUCAGUGAGAAAGAUCUGCUUUUGAAACUGCUAUUCAAGCGACAAGCAAUCAACUACUUGAUGGAUGCAUUAGAAAACAAACAAGAUGAUGCAGUGGCAAGUCUUCAUGCUCUCUUUCAUACUUUGAAUGUGAAAAACCCUCAGCAACCAACCAACAUCUGUUCUCAUUGCAAUGUCGGCAGUUUAAGGAAAGAAGGCACCAUAACUUUUCUAUUAGACGAUGGCUCAACAGUUUCUGCAAAUAAAUCCACUCUAUGCAAUAACUCCCCUGUGUUUGAAGCAAUGUUUCGUGGAGGGUUUAGGGAAUCUGAUCAAACAGAAGUUAAAUUAACUGACAUUUCUGCAGAUUGUGUUACAUAUUUUUCCCGGAUAAUAGAUACAUAUUGUGAGUGCAUUCUUCCUAAAAAUAUUCAGACACUCUUAGAUCUUAUUGUUGCCUCAGACCGAUUUCUCGUUCCGGAUCUAGCAACGAACAUUCUUUCUGUUGUCAUGAAUCAUAGUCUAAGUUAUAAAACGUGUUGUGUGGUAUACGACUGGGCACUAAGUGUCGGCUACAAAUAUCCUAUGCUUGGCAACAUUGGCACGGAUGUUGUCAAGUUUGCACUAACCUCCCCGAUGACGCCCAGACAAAGGGUGGAGGCUAUAAGUUUCAUGUUGAAAGGAGUCUCAAGUCUUUCCAGUUUGCUGUGUCCAGUCCAGUUCAGCAGUCCUUACAGUAAAUAGUAGUACCGUAGUGAUAAUAAAGUGCAUUACUGUGCUUUGCUUGAUUUCCUGUCAAUUUAAAUCAAGUGACAAGUACCCAAUACAAAUACAAACCCUUUAAGAAACGCAAUGCCUUUGUAAAAAAUUCAGUCUGAAAAUAUUUGAAUUUUCGAUAGUUCCCGCAGUGGUUGCUAGGUAGACUAUCGCGAGCGCGCGGUCAAGUCAGCUGACUGAGUGAAGGAGUGAGACAAAGAAUCUGCUUAGAAACGUAGCAGUGGCCGCGCGAAGCUCAAUUCGGCGGCAAUAUUCCAGUCUGACUAUUCUCCAGAAGCAUUUUGCUUCUUAAAGAGUUUGUAUUCAUUGCAAGUACCUGACCUUAAAACCAUUUUAAAUUAUAUAAUUCAGUUAGGCCUAAUUGAACUUAUAAUAUAGGCUUUAGGUUGUACUUAAUGAUAUUCAAUCCUUCCAAAAUAUUAUUGCAAAAAAUAUUGUACGUCACUCAUCCAAAAUGCGUUUACUGGAUCCGUAUGAUAAUUCUGCAUUCAACUUAGUCGACCGGGGAAAAACCAUACUUGUCCCAGAAACACCUAUUUUCCAGACUAGUAGUCUAAGAUAAUAUACUAUUUUGCCACACUACUUUGUUUUUAUGGACUUUGAAUGCAUUGAUUUGUCUGGAAAACAGCUGUUAAUUGCCUUCUUAUUAAAAUGGGCUUUCAUUAUGGAUUAAUGUAUGGUAAUAAUUUUUACUGGCGCCAGCUGGUUAAAAUUUUUUUUUUCAUUAUUGAAAACCUCAUAGAUUUUGGUAACAUGAAUAAUGACCAAUUUAACAAAAUUCGCCCUAAACUCAAUUCUAAAGAUAAAAUCACAACAAUAUUUGUUACUAUACUAUGUAGUCUAACAUAAACAGUGAGUGGUUAUCAAAAAAAACCUCUCAGAAAAGUUAUUGGUAAUGAUGAUUAUUAAAUCGCAAAGUCAGUGGGAACACGACUGUUUUAUUUUUUUAUUUUUUAUUGUUACGUCUGUUUAAAGUAAUAUGGCAAAAUAUUGUUGGUCACUUAUCCAAAUUGUAUUUAGCGUACUUGUAUUUUUAUUGGGAGCAGCUACACUCCUCCGGUUAAGGCUUUUUUUCCUGACUAUAUUUUAGCAUUGGUAUCAUAUUUUGCCUUCAAUGUAACCAGGCAAUGAUAAACCGUUGAACAAUGAAUCAUUUCUGCCUGCACUACCCUUAUAGUUUUUUUGUAAUAGGAAUGUAAAACACUUGUAAAUGUGUCAGAAUACUCAAAUAUUUUCUAGUUAACUAUAUUUUUUUAACAUUUGCUAUCAACAAUGUUUUGCUAUUUAAUGUUAAGUAAUAGAUCUGGUUAUUUGAAAAACUCUUCUGUAAUUUUUUUUUCAAUAAAUUUCUUUAUA